GAAAUGAAGGAUCUGGGUACCCAAAAUGAGGGAUUUCAAAUUUUGAUUUUUAAUAAGUGAGUUUGUUAAAGUUUUUGCUUUGUCAUUAUGGGUUAGUGUGUGUGUAUAUUGAUGGCCAACAAAGUAAAUUUAAUUAAUUUUAAAUGAAAACUGUAGUACAAUGAAUGAUGCAAAAACUGAAGUUUCUGAAUGCCAAGUGUUUGAGGGAUAGUCUCCGGAUCCACUGCGGCCCUGACCAUGGUAAAGCACUUACUGAAGAUGGAUGAAUAAAUGAAUUUAACCAGGCAAGUCAUUAAGAACAAGAUCUUGUUUACUAUAGUGGCCUGGCAAACGGCAACGCCACUGGAGGAGGAUUGAAACACAAAGUGAAAGGGGGGGGGGGAGGAAAUAAAGUUGAAUAACAGACAAAAGCAAAGAUAUUACAGUACCACAUAGAUAGACACUAGUUUACAGAAUUUGUAAAAGUGCUUGUAGUGAAAACAGGUACACUUCAGUAUUAAUAUAUUUCAUAAAAACAGAAAUGGGCAUGAAUUUAUCCACUUUUAAUAUUUUAUAAACUUGCAGUGCAUUAUGGGAAUCUGUCCACUGAAACUACACCUUAAGCUUCACAGAAAAAAAAAGAGUCACUGUUAACAAUAGCAGCGCCUUGUUAUGCAAUGUCAAGAAGUUAAACACCUGGACGAGUAUAACCUUCAUAAAAGCAGAUGGUCACAAAAGCGGAUGGACUUUUGUCCUUCAUGUACUAGCAGAAUGCAACACUGACUCUCCCAAGUUUCAUAAUGACCUGUGUAGCGUACAUUGUGCCAAAUCGGUGUGUGACUUGUUCGACAAUUUUGAAGGAACUGGGCUACCCAAUCACCCAACCUCAAUUCUUUAACAAACUUUAAGGAAUUAUUUGGAACAGCAGGUGAAACACCAAAAUAGUCCAUGAACUCUAGAUCAAUUGGACCAGGUCAGUGGAAGAAAUUGACAAGAACUAUUGGUGGCAUCUUUACUUGUCAGGGUUUGCACUGUUAUUUAGGCAAGAGGAGGCAUAUUCAAGCUUUUGUUUUGGAAGCUUAUGAAAGACCAUCAGGAGAUCUUCUGCAGAUACUAUGCAUCAUAGCAUUUGAUUUUAUAGUUAAACAUUCAGGGUUUUUCAUGUCUGCUGUUUUGAAGUUGACGUUUCAUUUUCCAUCACAGUCACAUCCGAAUACAUACGAGACCGUUUUGUUUACAGCCACUGUAAUCUGUCCUUUUUUUUUCUUUGCUGUUUGUUUAUGGUGAUGUUAAAUAACUCGAACAAAUAAAUUGUGACUUAAAACUUAUAGAAUGUUUAGUCACAUGUGCAAGAUGUUUGAGGGCGUGACGAGUGGCGCCGACAUGUUGGAAGAACUUUGUCUCAGUGCUCUAUGGCUUUGGAAGGCCGGAAAUUGAGGGCAAGGCCAAGGUUAAUGACAUCGUCAAUCUGCGGUGGCCUUCCUUAGCCUCUGUCAUCCAUGUGUGCCGGCUGGGCCACCCACAGUCGAACACAAAACAACGACUGUUUAAAAAUGGUGAUCAGGUUCACGCCCCAUGUCCAAAACAUGUGUUUGACUAUCCUGUGAAAGCACCGAUGAAGACGAUUGUUCAUAUGCUGCCUGCAUGUGUAGAAUGCAGAAGAAUGUGUUUGUAAGCAGAGGAGAGAGAGAAGCUCUGUGUGUGUGUGUGUGUGUGUGUGUGUGUGUGUGUGUGUGUGUGUGUGUGUGUGUGUGUGUGUGUGUGUGUGAGAGCGCGCUUGUUUCUGGAACAGAGGAUGAAAGCAGACCAAAAUCUGUCUCUUGCGCGCUCUCUCCUAAUUUGUGACCGAAGGAUCAAGGGGAAAUGAUCGCUGGCCAGGGUGACUGUGGCUGUUAUAAAGCACAGUGGGAAUAGCGCUAACCGCUAAUGCUCAACACCACCCCUCUCACUCAUGUUUACGGGAUGUAAGACAGGGAAGAAAUGUUCAUUCAUGUCCAAGUGUGGUUGUGGUGCACUUACCCAGCGCUGAAUCAUUGCAUCAGGGCAAUUCAUGCUGUGCACAAACACUGACUUUGUUCCGCUGACCAGGAUCUGCAUCUAUCUGCUGCUUUCAUGCAGUGUUCUCUCUUUGGCAUAUUGCACAGCUAGAGUCCUUUCCUUAGCUCUGAACUAUAAAUGUAAUUUAAGGAAUAAAACACAAUGGCAUGCUGUUAUUGGAAAAUAAUCGAUGCUGUGAUAGUUUGAUGAGGUCCGAUGUGGCAACAGAGUUCCUUUUACCACCCAGAUGUUGAUUAUUUUCUUCUAACAGCACUUCCUGAAGCUGUUUAUUCCUUUUAGACCACAGCGAUUUGCCAACACCAAAAAUAAUUUUUAUCCGUUUACAGUUACGUUUAAUGUUGGGGAACGUCCACACAACGAGUUAGUUCCUGUUAUCACUUAUUUUAUAGCAGUUAUAAACAGUAAUUCCCUCGCAAGCCUCUCUUUAUUUCCUCUGCCUUCAAGCUAAUAAGGAAAAAAAAAAACAUCUUGUCAUGUGGCCAAGAAACCAAACUUACACUAACACUGGAGACCCCUUUCAAAACACAUCUCCUCACAGAAAAUGUCUUCAUAUCAACGUUUACACACAUUUAUGUGGAGCGUCCACCAUGCAAGUCCCGGUGACUGAGUCGUUACUAUAAAAAUUAAAAUGUAUUAGAACAAGUGGGCUGAUGAUCUCCGGCAGAACCUUCAUGGUAUUGUAGAGGAGAAGGGUAUCUGAAACUCAGCAACUUACAGCUGGGGUUCCCCAGGGGUCAGCUCUGGGUCCACUGCUCUUUCCUAUUUAUACUUUUCUAAUUAUACUACCUCUGGGGCCUGAUGGAGUCUCAUGGAUUCUCAUAUCACUGCUAUGCUGAUGAGACCCAGCUCUAUUUGUCCUUUCAGCCUGUUGAUCCAUCUCUCAGCACGCAUCUCUGGUGCAUCAAACUGGAUGAGGGAACGCCACCUUAAGCUCAACUUGGCAAAAACGUUGCUUCUCGUCAUCCCUGCCUGCCCCUCAAUCAACCACAACCUCACCGUAUAGCUCGGCUCAACCACACUCGCGGCAACCAGGACUGCCAGAAACUUUGGGGUGACUUUGAUGACAACUUUACCUUUACAGACAACAUUUCAACAACUGUAUGAUCCUGUAGGUUCAUUUUGUACAACAUCAAGAAUAUCAGACCUUAUCUCACUGAACAGGCUCCACAGCUACUAGUCCAGGCUCUUGUUAUGUCAAAACUGGACUAUUGCAACGCACUAUUCUCGGGCCUCCCAGCCAGCUCCAUCAUACCCCUCCAAAUGAUUCAGAACGCAGCAGCACGCCUUGUCUUCAACCAGCCCCAAAGAACCCAUGUCACACCCCUCUUCAUCUCCCUCCACUGGAUUCCUGUAGCUGCCCGUAUCAAAUUCAAGACCCUGAUGCUCACGUACAAGACCUUGUCUGGAACAGCACCUCCCUACCUCAAAACUCUCCUUGAAGUUUAUGUCCCCUCACACAACCUGCGAUCAGUUAACGACCGGCGCCUGGUAGUGCCUACUCAGCGAGGCAUGAGGUCCCUUUCCAGGACCUUCAAACUGGCUCCAGACUCCCCUGUGACCCUGUGUAGGAUAAGUGGUAUGAAAAUGGUCCGGGUUGCACUACAAUUAGAGGAUGGAUCUCGUCUCCAGGGAUCAUUCCCGAGUGGCCACAGCCUAUGGGAUCUGCUCAUCCACUUCCCCCAAACUAGAAUAUCUGAACUGGAAGUGCCAGGAGCCACACCAGUCUGUGUUUACAUGAGAGAUGAAGUCAGUGGAGAGGAGGCUCUUAAGAGGACCACUCUGAGGUCUCUGGGCCUGACUGGAGGCAGUGUCAUACUGAGGUAUGUACUGAAAGCAAGUAACACUCCAGGGAACAAUGAGCCUAUGGAGACAGCUGCGACACCAACCGACACAGCUGCCCCAGCAUCCCAGUCUCCUCCUGCUGUUAACACCAUGCACCACUCUGAUCUGCCAGAUGAGCCCACACCUGCCCCAGUGCCCAUCGAAACCCCUAGUCCACCCUCUCAAUCCCCCGAAGCUGCUGCCCAAAUGUGCCAAGCACUUCCUGUCAAACAGGAGCAGGCAGAGCCGUUUAGAGACUAUCAGCAAGUUGUGCGGCCCAAAAUCAGGCAAGCUGAUAUUCAGAUGCCUCAGGAGGCCAGUUCUGUGCCACAAGUGGAUGAAGAGCAAGCAGGGCCAUCCCACAAAUAUAAUUCCCACUCAGCUACGCCCAGCAACUUUGUGCCUUUCUCUGGUGGUGGGCAGAGGCUUGGAGGAUCUGGAGGUGAUGAACAGAAAGAGUGCCCUUUACCGGUGUCAUCCUCUUCCUCACCGCUCUCCAGUGGGCCUCCAAAAGCCAAGAAGGCCAAACCGAGCCAUGAAGUCCAGCGUUCUUCUCUUGCCACAUGCAGGGCAAAGGAUGCGGAGGAUGCAGAGGAAUAUCUGGAGCCGGUGGACAGGGAGCCGCUUGUCUUCCACCUGGACACGGCAGCACAGCGGCAGCGUGAUGACAAGGAGCUGCCAGACGAGUUCUUUGAGGUGACGGUGGACGAUGUGAGGAAGAGGUUCUCGCAGCUGAAGAGUGAGCGGAGGGUGUUGGAGGAGGCCCCUCUGAUGACUCAGUCUUUAAGGGAAGCUCAGAAGAAAGAGAAGAUAGAUAGGUAUCCCAAGGUGGUGCUGAGAAUUCAGUUUCCUGACAGACGAGUCCUCCAGGGCUUUUUUAGACCACUAGAAACAGUCGCUUUUCUGAAGCAGUUUGUAAGGACUCAUCUACAGGAUCCUGAUCUCCCCUUCUAUCUAUUCAUUGCCCCUCCUAAAACCAAGCUCGACGACCCCAGCACUACUCUGUUUCAGGCCAACCUCUUCCCUGCUGCUCUCGUGUACUUUGGCUCGGACGUGAAGACAGAGUGCUAUUUGCGCAGUGAUCUUGUGGACGGCAGUGUCUCUGCCCUGCAGGCUGAUGAGCUCAUUGCUGGCUGUAUGCCCAGGUCUCCAGCUCCAUCCUCCAGUUCACUACCCCCUGAGGACUCCCUCGCUCUGCACACCGAGUCUAAUGAAGCUCCCAGGAGCCAGGAGAACCCAGAGGACCCCAGUGAUGAGCAAAGCCAAGCACCCAAACCGGUCCGCACAGACCCUGCAAUGGUGCCCAAGUGGCUCAAGCUGCCAGGAAAGAAGUAACGACCAUGAAGUCAUUAGAUGUUUAAGAAGAGGACUGGAGACUGGCUUCCUCAGUAGGCAAAUCCUCGGAGGGCCCUUGAUGAUGUCAAUAACAAAAACAAGAUGUUGAAAGCACAUAGCUGCCAAUGCAAAUAGAGCCAGCCCUAUAUUUCUGUGGUGAUUAAUGAGAUGCUUUGUUCAUUAAAGCUGAGAUGUCAGUUGCCAA